CAAAGCCCCGCAAUGGCCACAAGAGGGCGUGGGCAGGUUCCGUAACCUGAGCGCUCUGCAAGGGGUGGGGCCCGCGAAUGGCGCGCAUGCGCUGGAAGGGAGGUGGUGGGGCCAGCCUAGAAGGGCAGGACGGUGGCCGAGAGGGGACCCGGAGGAGGACGGUGGCCCACGAGGUCCGGCAUGGAGCAUCUGGAGCGCUGCGAGUGGUUCCUCCGGGGGACCCUAGUGCGGGCGGCCGUGCGACGUUACUUGCCGUGGGCGCUGGUGACCUCCAUGCUGGCGGGCUCACUCCUCAAAGAGCUCUCUCCGCUGCCCGAGAGCUACCUCAGCAACAAGCGCAACGUCCUGAACGUGUAUUUUGUCAAAGUGGCCUGGGCCUGGACAUUCUGUCUCCUCCUGCCUUUCAUUGCCCUCACCAACUACCACCUGACAGGCAAGGCCAGCCUGGUCCUACGGCGGCUGAGCACCUUGCUUGUGGGCACAGCCAUCUGGUACAUCUGCACAGCCCUCUUCUCCAACAUCGAGCACUACACAGGCAAUUGCUACCAUUCACCAGCCCUGGAGGGGGUCAGAGAGGAGCACCGGAGCAAGCAGCACUGCCACCGGGAAGGAGGCUUCUGGCAUGGCUUUGACGUCUCAGGCCACUCCUUCCUGCUGACCUUCUGCGCCCUCAUGAUUGUGGAGGAGAUGGCCGUGCUUCAUGAGCUGAAGACAGAUCGGAGCCACUGCCUCCAUACCGCCAUUACCACCUUGGUCGUCGCCCUGGGCCUCUUGACCUUCAUUUGGAUGUGGAUGUUUCUGUGCACAGCCGUUUAUUUCCAUGAUGUGUCCCAGAAGGUGUCUGGCACCUUGUUUGGUUUGCUGGGCUGGUAUGGGACAUACAGAUUUUGGUAUCAGAAAUCCUUUUCUCCAGGACUUCCUCCCCAGAGCUCUUCCCUGAAUUUGAGGCAAGACAGUCACAAGGAAUGAGAGAAACAAAAGGUGGGAUGGCAGGACGAUGGCUAAUGUAUUUUCCACUUAAUUUAUUUAGUGAUUGGCAGAAUUAAUGGUUCCACUUGAGAGAGGAAGCUUACUGGGCAGUUUUGGGGAAUGGUGGUGGAGUCUCGGGUGUGAGUUCAGUCCUUAGAUUCUUCUAGGCAUAUUGCCUGUUUCACCAAAACCAUCAUUCCCACCAGACUGUUUUUGUCCCUGGUAAGACUUGAUCUUAAUCUGGAACACCCUUUGUCUCUAGAGGGUAAAGCUGAAAGCUCAGUGAAGAGACAGAAUUAUGAAGCGCUCUGUGACGUGGCUCAAGGAGAGGCCAGAACCUCAGGACUCCUCAGUUGCCCUCGUCCUGAUUCUAGUUGUCUUUUGAUUUCAGUGGCUAUUGAUGCUGGUUUUUGUUUUCUGGGAGUUUUUUUGGUUUUUUGAUGUUGGUACGGGGGAUCGAACUCGGGUCCUUGCACUUGCGAGGCAGGCGGCAGAACCACUGAGCUAAAUCCCCGGCCCUGUUUUUUGUUUUUUAAACAGUAUUCCCCUCUGGUCAGUUUUGCCAUAAGCAUUUAUUUCUGGCAGGGUUCUGUAUAAAACACCCCAGUGCCUGAAAGACACUCUCUGGUUAUGGUAUUUGUUUCUUCAGGAGAAUGUUGAAUAUCAAAGUUGGCUGUGAUCAGCCACUAAAAUGAGCCAUUAAGCUGCAGUGCUUCUAUAACUGAGCACUGGGUGAUUUUUUUUUUUUUUUUUUGGUGCCGGGGAUCAAACUCAGGUCCUUGCGCUUGCGCAACAGGCGGCGAAACCACUGAGCUAAAUCCCCGGCCCCAGCACUGGGUGAUUUUAACGAACCGAACAAUGGUAAUUUUUGUCCAUGUUGUCUAUUGUUGUAUGUUGGAUUUUGGAGCAAUAAGGUUUACCCUUUUUUCCCUCCUCUAUUUUUAGUGACUGCUUUAUAGUUUUUAAUAACAACUAUGGCGUUUGUUCUUUGUUGACAAAACUCCUGAAAAUGACUGAGCUCCAGUGUUCCACUUUGGCACAUGUAGAUUGUUUUGAGGGUUUUGUUUUUAGAACACUGAUUUCCUUUUUUCUUUUUUUUUUUUUUUGAGACAGGGUCUCACUCUGUAGUUCAGACUGGCCUCAAACUUACUAUGGAACCCAGGCUGGCCUCGAACUCAGGGCAAUCCUCCUGCCUCAGCCUCCAGAGGGCUGGGAUUAAAGUGUAAGCCACCAUGCCCGGCCUAGAACACUAAUUUACUUUUUAUAAACCAGACUCUUGGCUUAUAGUAUUAAAUUUCACCUCAUGGGGUUAUUCUAAUAAGAAUGAAAUGAGAAAUCAGGCUAAUAAUUUGGUGAGUUUAAAACUGAGUCAGAGUAAUUUUGCAAAAUGUCUAUUUUGGACUGAAACUUUCCUGACCACAUAUCAGUUGUGUAGACAGAAGAGCGUUUCAGGGUCACAGGACAAGUGCAGUAGUGCCUAUGGUGUGGGCCAAGUCAUUUUCACCUUUGGACAUGAUUAUAAUAUCUCAGAAGUGAAGUCAAGUCUCCCUCCAGUGGCCGGAAGCCAGCCUUGUUGCGAAGACAUCCUUAUUAGAUGGUGCCAUGACUUUGGCCCCAUGCCCUCUUACUUGCGCCACCAACAAACCAGUGCAAAACCUGGGCCUGUUCACUGGCCUUGGAAUCAGCUCAUCUUUUCUUUCUUCUCUGCAGUACUUCUCAGUUUCCAGCCUUCCUGGUAAGAAUGCUGGGGAGGGCUAGAAAUCCUGUCACCUCCAUCCCACAAGACACAGCUCCACAUUUUGUAAGAUGUCCCCUCUCUUCUCCUUAGGCCUUUCAGACUGAGCCCCUUGCCUUAUAAAUAACUGCCCUUGAAGCUGCUUUGGUGCCCCUUCCCCAGUCACGCUGGAUAAUACCAUUAACUGAUAAGCUCUACACUCGACUGGCUUAACUCAACCCAAGGUUGUUAGGAGCUUGGCACAUCUUCAGGGUAAAUUUUUUUAUAUAGAAAUAUAUUUAAAAGGGGCCGGGGAUUUAGCUCAGUGGUUUUGCUGCCUGCUCCUCAAGCACAAGGACCCGAAUUCCAUCCCCGGUACCAAAAAAAAAAAAAAAAAAGAAAAAGAAAUAUAUUUAAAAUAUGUAUUUUAUAUGCUGUUGAGCUGUGGGCCAACUUUAUCAAAACAGGAGAUGUGAGAUGUUGUUCCAAAACGGGGAGAAACACAGGCAGUGAGGUGUCACCACAGUGCUAUGGAAGAUGUGACAAGUGGACUAGAGAGGGGCAUUCCACACUCAAGUUUCCAUCAGUCCAGGAGGCUUGGGAGUGGGGCUGGGGUAGGUGCCCAGGGCUUGUUGAAGGGGUUGAAGUCUCCCCUAAGUUCCAUGUUCAGCACCAGAAGAGAAUGGGUGAUCAGCACCAGAGGGCACAGGGUGAUCAGAAGUUUACUUGUCACAACUCAGUCUCCAAACAUUUUUCGUAUGAGGUCUGAUCUAGGCUUAACAUUAUAUAUAGGAAAUGUCAGUUAUCCAGCCUUGUAUGGGUUAGGCUUCCACCAAUUGCUCAUUCUUAGCACCAUUUUUUUUUCUUUUUUGGAGUGCUGGGAUGGAGCCCAGGCCCGUGUAUAUGCUGAGCAUGCCCUCUACUUCUGAACUACACCCAUCCCCGUUAGCACCUUGCCUUUUCUUCAGAAAAAUCAUGCAUAAGUGAGAGUUUGGGCUCAGGCAAACAUGGGAUGUAGGUUCAGAUCUUGGCCCCAUUUGCAAUAGCCAUACGAUUGUGGCCCACACUUUGUCUUCCUCAUCUCUAAAGUGGAGAUGGCACCAUUAGGAUCAAGGGAGAUGAUGCAUAGAAAGUGCUGAGCAUAUGUACUUAACAGGUGAUAAUCUCCAUGCCACUGCUUCUCGAUGACUUUGGGAAUGUUCUGGUUCCUCUAGAGAAGGCAGAGAAACUAACAUCUUUUGGGGGCCACUCAGAGUCUGGGUCUGUUGGAAUAGUCUCAUCUUCUGAAAAGUAUCUGUUGUCCCCAGGUGCUCAACUAGAGGUUUCGGAGCAUAAGUGAUUAUAGGGUUCUGCCGUGCUUAUUUUCCUCUAUGUGAAGGUUCUUUCACUGACGCCUCAUUUCCACAUUCAUCUGUCAUCGUCUGGGUACCAGAUUGUAUUUAGAGAAUGGCUCCUGCCACUGUUAUAUACACACAGAUCCCAUGUAUAAACAAGCAAAUUAAAACACAAUGGAGACAAUCAAACCCUA